GAGGCUGCAACCUCCCAACCUAGUGCUCCGAGCGACGAGAAAGUAGCUGAUGCUCAAGCGACCACUACAGCGCACCCAGAGGCACAGAACAGAGCUCAGCACUACAGUCUUCGGAAUCGACCACGAGUCAACUAUGACAUGCUUCACAGAGGAGGAUUACUACCGAUUCUUUGUUUCAUGAGCAUACUGACACUCGGCACUGGAACAUUUGCCAACCCAACGAAGCCUCCCAUAACAAUGGGAAUGGACUCCACAAGCGGAACUAUUCAGUGCACAGCUGGAGGAGUUCUUAUCACAACGAGAAACGUAAUGUCAUACGAACUGUGUGCUGAAGGAUACUGUAUCGUUCGGGAUAACCCACCGGCUAUGGAAACACUUCAUCUACCACCCGAGAUCACACUACAUGAGCACACGAUCCACUGGAAAGCUUCCAACGGGAAAAAAUUGAAGACCAUAGAAACGACAUGCCCGGCAGGACCAUUUUGCUCAAGAGUAGACUGCUGGUUCUGCACCGCCAAUGUGUUUAACCCGGAAUGCCAACCCCGCACCGCGAUUAUCACUAUGACGGUUAUCAUCUACAUAGCAGUAGCCCUUCUCUAUACGAUCUGUUACAUACCAGUGGUGAUUGGGCACCCCUGCAGAGUCUUCUUUCACGGCUGUCAGCUAGUGGUAACUUUCGUUUGGGGGAUCGUACAAGCCCUCGUUCAGCUUCUUCGACGAAACGGAGCCAACCAACAACGAAGACGUCCAUCACGAUCAGGAUUCAUACCACUAGUGCUGAUCUUUGGCUUACUCUGCUUAGGACACUGCUGUCAGGACGUAGACAUUUUGGAACACAAAACAAUGGUCUGCUCCAUGUCUACAGGACGUCGUUCCCUCUGCAAAAUCGACGUGACCGAGCUAAUCAAGCUCAAUACCUUCAACAAAGAGGCAUGCUUUCGCCUCUACCAUCUCGGACACCUCGUCAAAGAAAUCCGAUUGCAAUGGAUCAAGCUGAAAUUGACGUGUAAAAAAGAAACGACGAUGUUCACACUAUCCGUCACGACAUACGGAUCAAGGCCAAAACUCACAACGGCCUCACUCAUACCAUCUAUUCCACACAUGAUCGAUUCCAUGAAGUUUACGGUAACCUCACUGACUAUUCCACCUACACCAGCUCUUCAAGCCCACUUUAUCACGGAAGGGAAACACGUAGCACUGUGGAAAAACACAUACUCACCAACGCUGCGAUGCGCAUCAAAGCAAGAAGCCGAAAACCUUCAAUGCGAAGUUCAUCCCACAUGCUCAUGUCAACCAGCGGAAACGAAAGUCAACUGCGUAUGCACAGACUACAAUCUGAUGGACGACUUCAACGGACAGUUGGAAAACCGACUUCCAAUCAGAAGACCGUGGAUCACCUUCGAGGAGGACCACACUACAGAGGACGUAUCGGUACGAGCAACCAUACCAAACCUAUCGACAGCGGAAAUAUUGGUGACCGUAAACGACGAUUUCGACACGACGGUGAAAGAAGUUACGGACUCCAUAUGCAAAGUCGAUACAACGGAAAUUACAGGAUGCUACAACUGCCCCCAAGGAGCAACAGCUGAAAUCACCUGCACAUCUCAAGAGGACGAUACCGUAGCAGAAAUUCUCUGCGAUAGCUACGCCUUUUCAGUCCCCUGCACCACAAAAGGAACCGUUUCUUCAUUGAAGUUCAACUUCCAGCACGCUCAAGUAUAUCUCUCAUGUACGUCAGCGUGUGGAACUACGAAAACCGGGUUCAAAAUUGCGGGAAUACUUCAUUGGACAAGAACGAUACACAGUGCAGCGGAACGACUUCUGGCAGGGGAGAGCAACCUGUACAAUGAGCUGCCAGUAAAACCGCUUCUACUUCAACAUGCCGAAGCCAAAAGAUGCUGCCACGGGAAAGCCAACAGAAGCUGA